GGGUGGUGUCGAGUUACCGCUCAUGUUUAGCGUGAAGCGAUACACGUUUGGUUGAGCUUUGAAAGAGGGGCCAUCAUCCCGGCGGCUCGGAGGUGAAAAAAUACAGUUUGAAGUCUCUCUGGAUGCAUUUUAAAUGAACAAGCAGGCUUUUUUGAUAGGUACCUGAAUGCCCGUCCGGUGCCCUUUCAUCUCCUCGUUGGGUUUCUUUGGAUGUACUCCCUUGGCUCCCUACGUUUUGUGCUGUCCAUGUGAUGUUUCCCAAGACUCCUCAAUACCAAUGUCUUAGUUCUGACUAGACAUUCAUUAAACAAAAAUACUUGCUUGAAUUCGGUAUAUAUAGUUUAAAAAGAAAUCUCCGGCAGGAAUUCCAACAACCCAAUAGCCUGUAUCACCCUCCUUCCCCUCUCCCUUUUUCUCUUUACGUUAGAUUAAGAGGGGCACAAAAACACACUUAAGACGCACAAGCGCACACAUAACGUGCACAAGCCACCAUGUCCUCCAUCCUUCCCUUCACUCCCCCUGUAGUGAAGCGCCUCCUGGGAUGGAAGAAGACUCCGGCAGGGAGUGGUGGAGCCGGAGGAGGCAUCGGAGGAGUUGGCGAGCAGAACGGAGGAGGACAGGAGGAUAAGUGGUGUGAAAAAGCUGUAAAGAGCUUGGUGAAGAAGCUGAAGAAGACUGGGCAGCUGGAUGAGCUAGAGAAAGCCAUCAGCACGCAGAACAGCAACACAAAGUGUGUGACCAUACCCAGUAAUUGCUCAGAUCUAUGGGGUCUAGGCUCAGGCCACACAAUAGAGCAGUGGGACUCUACAGGAAUGUACGGAUACCCUGACCACGGCAGGUCACUGGACGGGCGUCUUCAGGUGUCCCAUCGCAAGGGCCUACCCCACGUCAUCUACUGCCGCCUGUGGAGAUGGCCAGACCUCCACAGCCACCAUGAGCUCCGGGCCAUCGACUCCUGCCAGUUCGCCUUCAACCUAAAAAAGGAUGAAGUGUGUGUCAAUCCCUACCAUUACCAGAGAGUGGAGACGCCGGUGCUGCCUCCGGUGUUGGUGCCACGCCACACAGAGAUCCUGACAGAGCUUCCUCCUCUAGACGACUUUACAAACUCCAUUCCCGAAAACACCAACUUCCCUGCCGGCAUAGACCCUCCUAAUAACUAUAUACCAGAGACUCCUCCACCUGGCUACAUCAGUGAAGAUGGAGAGACCAGCGACCAACAGAUGAAUCAAAGUUUGGAAUCAGGCUCACCAGCAGAAAUGUCACCCAGCACCCUAUCACCUGUCAGUCAUGCACUGGACCUUCAGCCGGUUACGUACAGCGAACCAGCGUUCUGGUGCUCGAUAGCCUACUAUGAGUUAAACCAGCGGGUCGGAGAGACGUUCCACGCCUCACAGCCGUCUCUGACAGUCGAUGGCUUCACCGACCCCUCCAACUCUGAACGCUUCUGUCUAGGGCUUCUCAGCAACGUUAACAGGAACGCAACUGUUGAAAUGACAAGAAGACACAUAGGUCGCGGUGUAAGGUUGUAUUACAUCGGAGGGGAGGUGUUUGCCGAGUGCCUCAGCGACAGUGCCAUUUUUGUCCAGAGUCCCAACUGCAACCAGCGCUAUGGCUGGCACCCUGCCACAGUCUGCAAGAUACCGCCAGGCUGCAAUCUGAAGAUUUUUAACAACCAAGAGUUUGCUGCACUGCUGGCCCAGUCAGUCAAUCAGGGGUUUGAGGCAGUCUACCAACUAACCAGGAUGUGCACCAUCAGAAUGAGCUUCGUCAAGGGCUGGGGAGCAGAGUACAGACGUCAGACAGUAACCAGCACUCCCUGUUGGAUUGAGCUGCAUCUCAACGGCCCCCUCCAGUGGUUGGAUAAGGUGCUGACCCAGAUGGGUUCACCAUCAGUGCGCUGCUCCAGUAUGUCCUGAGCGAGGUCCUGCUGCCGCCUACACAACAUCAGUCUGACUUUUCACAACAUUUGUCCUUGCCCGUAUGUCCUAAGGAAGACCACCGUGCAGUCUUAAAUGGUUGCACCACCAACGUUUUCAUUUAAGAAGAAAAAAAAUGAUGACACAAUGCACCUGCAGGACAGGAGAACGACAUCACUCAGACAAUAGUGGGAUGUUAACAAUGAUGUCACAGUGGGCCUGAUAAACUUUGGCUCUGUUGGAUUAAUGUUAGGAUGACAUUCCAGUAAUCAUGGGCCUAUUAACUGAAAUCUUCCUGCAAUAUAAAAAUGUCAUAAAGGACCAGACUGCAUUCACGUUUUUGGUAUUUGACUGUGGCUUUGAUCCAGAAACGGCUUCCCUGUCCUGCUUAACGACAUGGUAAUUGCUGUUUCGGGGAUGCACGUGGGACCUCCUAGCCACAGGGCUGUCUCUCCAACCACUGGUCCACCUCACUGCUUCAUUACCAACCUACCGCAGCGCAACUUUGAUUCAGCGUCAAGAUUUCUGUUUACACAAGGUUGACCAAAAGUACAAAGUAGUACUACCACUCCAGACUCAUGUUCAACCAAAGUCAGCUCCACGCCCGGACAUGAAUUCUUUCUUGGUUCUGGUGACCAAACUUCCUUCCGUUUUUAUCUGAAAUUUCCACUCUUCUCCUAAAUCAGGCCUGUGCUGUUGUUGUCUCAGACCUGCCUACGCUGGAGUGAUGGACGUCAGCUCUGAAAAGGGGUGACCACCAGGGAGAGCAUGUUGACGUCUAUAAUUAUCACACACCCUGUCUUCACAUGGUCAAAUGCACAUACGCACUGUGACACAGUCAGACCUUUGCAGUUCACACACCACUUACAGCAACUUGCUAUUUUUGACAGAACGACAAAUCCUCUCCACUGUGUUUAAUGUUAAUUGGUACCAUUCAUCCACGAGUGUACAGGGGGGUAGAUGUUUUGAGUUUGGAUCAGAGCUGAAACAUCAGCAAUUAGUAAGUAACUCUCAGUGCAAAUAUCCCUCUUCUUGAACUUCAUACAAUCUUUAAACUUUUUUUUUAGGCAGUAAUAAAGGCGUACAGAUUUUAGCCCCAGUUACCCGUUUGCCCCCUCUGGUUUUUGAGGCCCAGCAAUUUGCACUCAUUCUCUGUUUCGCCCCUGCACGCUCUUAUCCUCUCUUACAUUCUCUACAUUAACUUUUUUACAAUUCCAUCAUCUUGCUUAUGCCAGAGAGUUGAAUGUCGGACUUGGACUCAAUAUAUGUGCGUUUUAAGAAUCUUAGCCUCAAUGUCACCCCCUACUGUCUAAAAGAAAAAAAGAUACCCUCAUUAAGUUUCACUGAUGCAGAUAUUGCGUAAGUCUCUUGAUUUCAUGCUUGGACUUGCGUGGUUUCCCCAUUAACAUUUUGUUUGAUAGGAAGACAAGUCCUGCUACAUGGGACUUCAAAACAAUUUGCUUCUACACUGUACUUGCACUGCCCCAAAUUAUGCACACUUAAUAUUGCUACAAGAAAGUUGCCUUUGAUGUAAAAUACAGCAAGAUAUGCUUUGAAAUGUACAGAUAGCAAUGUUAAAAAAAGCCCAAUUAAAGUCAUGACAAUUAAAAAAAAAUAUAUCUUCCAUAUUUUUAAGAAUGUUCACUAUAGAGUUUUUUCCGUGUAUUGUCCUCAAUUGGCUUAUUAAAGAUGAUUUUAAUGUCUUGCCCCAAUUUCAAAAGUCAGCUGGUACCUAGUACCAGUAUUUUAGUGGAAUCUGUAUUUUAGAGUCUUAAUCUUAAGUAUUUAAGCUUUAACUAUUUGACAAGCUAGUUAUACUACACAGCUUUUAUUUCUUUACACAUUCUUUCAGUUACAUUUUUGUACAUAUGGAUAUAUUUAAAAACUUCAAAGAUUUCCUUCCUUUUUAUUAGAAUUCAAUAUUUUUUUAGAAAAUGCCCUCUGUUUGACAGGAUCACAGCUUGAUGAUUUAUGAAGUAUGUAGCAUAGGAUGUAACGUUUUCAUUGAAUUUACCACAGUUAAAAUGUUGUGACUGAGAGGCCAAGUCCUAGUAAUUACAAUCCUCUUUUCUUCAAAUCCUGAGUUGGCUACUAAAAUGGUAAAAGUGGCCGGCCGGUGAAUCUAUCAGCUGUUAUAGCUGGUGAAAAAGGUAAUUCCUUACCUUACUCUUACUAAUUUUUCAGCUCUAUGGGUGUGACCCAAAUUAUAAUAGUGCUGUUCCAAAGACUGAAUGCAUGUAUUUACAGUAUGUCCUGUACACCGCAGAUCCACUGAUGACAACCUAAUAAUAGCUUCACGUUUUCAGUAUUGAAUUUUAUUGGCUUUAUUGUAAAGAUUAAAUUUGCCAAUUUCCUUUUAGAGUUCGGUUAGUCUCAAAUUGAUAGUUACAAAUCAAGAUACCUGUUUAAAAAGAUACAAACUCCAAUCCAGACCUUUUGGGUUAUUAAGAGCUGGGUAAUAUAGUGUUAUUUCCCACUAUCAAAGCAGUUGGUAUUCAUUUUAGAAGCUCAGACGCUAGAAGUUGAAUUUGUUGAAUUAUGUCUUACAUUGCCAAAAUAGGACAUUUCAGUACGCAAUGUAAAAGCUGCUGCCAAUUUCAGCUCCGCAGAUGUUUAAUUCACACCACUCCUUUAAUGUAUGGGUGUACACUGGCAAAUUACAGUGAGCAGGUUUACAUGCACUCAUAUUAUAUCCCAUUCAGGGCCACUUUGCUCUUACGUGUAUCGCAACACAUAAUCAGAAUGUCAGCACAAUAAUGGGCUUGUAAGUGGGACAUGCAAUUUUAGGUGAAUUGGACAAGGUGUAUACAUGCCACAUACUGUCACAUUCCGUACAUUGUGUUUGACUUGUUCCAAACUGUGACAAAAAUCUGACAAUGGUCUUAUCUCUGUGCACAUUAAUGCCGGCGUGUAUGUACGAGGAUACACAUGUUCUGUUUGAUCACUCCCUGCUGCAACAUGUGGGAGAAAUGCUGAUUUAAAAUGUGUUGUAAAACACCAAAUGAAGGUUUAACGAAGGUUGAUCGUAUGAUGGCUGAGACAAGACGUCCAGAAAUCCUGAUGGUUAAUAAUACACAUUAUCAGGAUCCUGAAGAAACUUUAUCAUUUAGGAUUUGCAUUUGAUACAGACUUGAUAGAUGGCAUCCCCUCCUACAGGGCGAUGUACUUUAACACUUGGACCAACUAAAAAAAGCAACACUUU